UGACACUAACGAGAAUCAACACCAAGAUCCUUUGAUACCAAUUCCUUCUACAUGAUCUUUUGGAUUGGUACAUUAUUAAGUGCUCUUCUCAUGUUACAUUAUUAACCAUUGUUUUAGAACGAGUGUUGGGUGCAUAUCGUUCCCUAAACACCCAAGCACACAAUUCAAACAUGAAUCGCAAAAUCAAUGACGCUCGGUAUUACCGGAUAUAAGACGGAGACCCUACUUAGCCGAAACCCAUCAAGCCUUCUAGUUAACUUCCACUUGGUGAGCUAAAAUUAAGUUUGGUUCAUUUUUCUUUUUUGAAACAGAAGUUCCCAUCGUUUCAAUUCAGUAAUUCCAAAAAAAUUUCGCUUGAAAUUGUUACACCCUACUUCAGUAUUUGCUCUGUAUUAUCUUUGCUUCAUCGAAGUUCAUUCUGAGUUCUCCAUUGAAGCAGCUUCUGGGAUUACCGAAGUUGCUGGCAUUUUUUCCUUCUCAUGGAAGUGAGAGAGUCUGGAUAUUUAUGUGUGCCCUUAACUCAGAAAUAUUAGAGAAUGCUUCUUUUCUUCCAUCCAAUGUGUGUUAGGCAGUUGAUCAGAUGUCACCAGAACACUGCAUAUCUUGCUAUUGCUUUUAAGUCAACCAGCCAGGCCUGUCUUCUUCCAGAAAGUGACAGAGAAAUUGAGAGAGUUACUAAGAUAAUAAAUGACCAUCCAUUUCCUGAAGCACCACUUCAGCCUACCCUCCUUCACCAUAUUCCACCUUCCAACCUUUCAGCUAGAUUUGUGGAGAAUGUUCUUGGCAGACUUUUUUCUGCCAAUACUAAUGGUGUCAAAGCCUUUGAGUUCUUCAAGUUCACCCUUCACUAUUCCAACUUCUCUCCCACUCCAGAUGCAAUUGAGAAGACUCUGCACAUUCUUACAAGAAUGCGAUAUUUUGAAAAAGCAUGGGAAGUGAUGGAAGAGAUUGUCAAAAUAGAUCCUUCCCUGCUGACACUCAAGUCAAUGAGUAUUGUUUUAUCUAAAAUUGCCAAGUUCCAGACUUAUGAAGACACACUUGGUGCAUUUGAGAGAAUGGAAAAAAACAUAUUUGUUGGAAGAGAAUUUGGAAUUGACGAAUUCAAUGUGUUGCUUCGUGUAUUUUGCUCCCAAAGACAGAUGAAGGAAGCAAAAUCUGUGUUUAGUAAAAUGUAUUCACGAUUCCCGUCAAACACUAAGACCAUGAACAUUUUGCUUUUGGGUUUCAAGGAAUCUGGCGAUAUAACUUCAGUUGAAUUAUUCUACCAUGAGAUGGUGAAAAGAGGUUUCAAGCCUAAUAACAUCACAUAUAAUAUCCGAAUUGAUGCUUACUGCAAGAGAUGUUGCUUUGAUGAUGGAUUGAGACUUUUUCAAGAUAUGGAACGUACAAAUUGCUCUCCAACUUUAGAAACAGUCACUACUUUGAUUCAUGGGGCAGGUGUUGCUAAAAAUGUGACUCGGGCAUGGGAGUUGUUCAAUGAACUACCUACAAGAAAGUUAUACCCUGAUGUUGGGGCUUAUAAUGCAAUGAUUAGUGUUCUUGUGAAAUGUAAACAGGUGGAAUAUGCCAUUAACUUGAUGAAUGAAAUGGAAGAGAAGCAAAUUGCUCCUGAUGGCAUAACGUAUCAUACCUUGUUCCAUGGCUUAAUGAAGUCAAAUGGCAUCGAGGCUGUUAGAGGUCUCUACGAAAAAAUGGUAUUGUUAAACUUUAUUCCUGAGACCCGUACUGUAGUGAUGCUUAUGAAAUUCUUCUGUGGAAAUCACCAUCUAGAUUUAGGCUUAAAUUUGUGGAAUUACUUGAUGGAAAAGGGUUCUUGUCCUCAUGACCAUGCAUUGGCUCUUUUGGUGACAAGUUUAUGUUCGCACGGGCGGGUUCAAGAAGCUUUUGAUUGUGCCAAACAGAUGUUAAACAGAGGAAGGCAUAUGGGAAAACCAGUUUUCCACAUGUUAGAGAGGUUUUUGCGGGAAGCAGGUGAAUUAGACAAACUGCAGAACCUUGAUGAGAUGAUUAAGAAGUUGGGUAGUGUUUAUCCCCCAUCAAGGGGACAUGCUCUUGGACUGUCUACUUCAUUCUGUUGAGAUACCUUUGUGUUACCCAAGUGA